AUGAGGAUCGCCAUUCAGUCACCCGAGAUCGCCUCGGUCUCGCUACACAAGCGCAUCCCCACCCAUCUCCAUCUCUAUGUGCUCCCCUUCCUUUCGCUCUACCCUGUCUGGGCCUACGCCUACUUCCUCAAGUACGACCAGUGGGUCAAGUCCGAAGAGUGGACUUUUGUCUUUACCGUCCUGCUUAUCUCUGGUCAUGCGCUCAGCUUCCUCGUCACCAAGUGGAGCAUCGCCGCCAAGGUGCUCACAACCUGCAUUUCCGCUAAGGGUCUCGAAGAUGCUGAGCUCGUCCGUGUUCAUCCACUCGCGCACAAGGGCGAAGGUGCUAUCGUCUCUCUCGACCGCGUAGAGCGCACCAACCUUCCCAUCGAAAUCUCGUUCACCUAUCAGGCCGACAAGUACAUCCUCGCUACUCCGGACGCAUCUGCUGCACCCACCGACAUCUUUGUCUCGCCGCUAAUCAGCGAACCUACCUUCCGCCGUCUGCCCUACCCUGCCGAUGCAAAGCCCCACCUCUCGCAAUUCCAGUCCAACCGCGGAUUCAAGACCGACAAGGACGUCGAAUUGGCCCUCGGUACCUUUGGCAAGAACGAACUCAACAUCCCCAAGCCCAACUUUGUCGAUCUCUUCCUCGAACAUGCCGUCGCGCCCUUCUUCGUGUUCCAGGUGUUUUGCGUCGGCCUGUGGAUGCUCGACGAGUACUGGUACUACUCGCUCUUUACGCUCUUCAUGCUCAUCGUGUUCGAGUGCACAGUCGUCUUCCAGCGUCUGCGUACCCUCAGCGAGUUCAGGACCAUGUCCAUUCAGCCUUACAACAUCUGGGUCUACCGUACUGGAAAGUGGUCCGAGAUGCAGACCUCCGACCUGCUGCCCGGCGACCUUGUUUCCAUCGACCGCUCCAAGGAGGACUCAGCUACUCCUUGCGACUUGCUCCUCGUAGCCGGAACCACCAUCGUUAAUGAGGCCAUGCUUUCCGGUGAGAGCACGCCUCUGCUCAAGGAGAACAUCGAGCUGCGCGACGGCAAGGACGUCCUGGAUGUCAACGGCGCCGACCGCAACAACGUUGUCUUUGGUGGUACCAAGGUGCUUCAGACCACCGCUCCCGAAGCUGACAGCUCCUACGCCAAGCUCCGUGCUCCCGACAACGGUGCGCUGGGAAUCGUCCUCCGCACUGGAUUCGGAACCUCGCAGGGCCAGCUCAUCCGCCUCAUGGUCUUCCAGAACGAGUCGCGCGUUUCCGCCAACAACAUCGAGAGUUUUGUCUUCAUUGGUUUCCUCCUCAUCUUUGCCAUUGCUGCCAGUGGGUAUGUCUGGGUGCGCGGCACCGAGAUGGAGCGUCCCAAGGGCAAGCUGCUGCUGGAUUGCGUCUUGAUCAUCACCUCUGUCGUUCCGCCCGAGCUUCCCAUGGAGCUGUCCAUGGCCGUCAACGCUUCGCUCAUGGCCCUGUCCAAGUAUGCCAUCUUCUGCACCGAGCCUUUCCGCAUCCCCUACGCUGGUCGCGUCGACGUGUGCUGCUUCGACAAAACCGGUACCAUCACCGGCGAGGACCUCGAGGUGCAGGGUGUGGUUAACUGCUCGCCCGGCGGCGACUCGCCUUUGAUUCCGCUCAAGGAGGCUUCGGCCGAGACGACACUGACCCUCGCUUCGGCACACGCACUUGUGCUACUCGACGACGGACUGGUCGGUGACCCCAUGGAAAAGACGGCGCUCGAGGCCAUGGACUGGAAGCUGAACAAGGGCGACAUGCUUACCCCGACCGACCCCAAAGCCGGCCCGCACCGUUUCGGCGUGCAGGUCCGCCGUCGCUUCCAGUUCUCGUCUGCCCUCAAGCGCAUGUCGACCAUCAACCACGUUAUUGACCAAACCGGCAACCGUCGUGUCAUGAUCGCCGUCAAGGGUGCGCCUGAGACGCUCAAGCCUAUGUUUGCCCAGCUCCCCGCGCACUACGACGAGACCUACAAGGGGUUCACACGUCGUGGCUCGCGUGUGCUUGCGCUCGGCUACCGCUUUGUCGAUAACGUUUCUGCCAACGAUACAAACGCCAUCAACAACAUGCAGCGGGACCAGGUCGAGGCGAACCUCAAGUUUGCCGGCUUCCUCGUCUUCCACUGUCCGCUCAAGCCCGAUGCUGUCGAGUCGCUCAAGCAGCUCAACGACUCGUCGCACCGCUGCAUCAUGAUCACGGGUGACAACCCCUUGACCGCUGUGCACGUUGCCACGCAGGUCGAGAUCGUGGACCGCCCCACGCUCAUCUUGGACAUCCGCGAGGGGGCGACAUCGGAGCAGGACCUCGUAUGGCGUUCGGUGGACGAACAGGUGAUCAUCCCCGUCAAGGCGUCGGAUCCCAUCGACACGAAGCUGUUCGACCAGUACGACAUCUGCAUCACGGGCGUCGCUAUGAGGCAGUACCAGGAGAACGCGGUGGCGUGGAACCAGCUUGUGCAGAACACGUGGGUGUAUGCGCGCGUCUCGCCGUCGCAGAAGGAGUUCAUCCUCAACUCGCUCAAGUCGCUCGGAUACAUCACGCUCAUGGCGGGCGACGGCACCAACGACGUUGGCGCGCUCAAGGCGGCCAACAUCGGCGUUGCGCUGCUCGACGGAACGCCCGAGGACCUGGCCAAGAUUGCGGAACACCAACGCAUGGAACGCAUGAAGAAGGUAUACGAGUCGCAACUCUCGCUCACGGCUCGAUUUGGACAGCCGCCGCCCCCGGUGCCUGCGGCGUUGAAGGAGAAGUUCCCCGAACUCGAAAAGGCGCGCGACGAGGCGCUAGCAAAGAUGAACACGGCGCGCACGACCGAUCGCGCGGCCAAGUUUGAUUUGUCUGCGAUCACGUCGUCGAUGGCGGAUGCGGAUCUGGAGGAUGGACCGCCGCAGAUUCGGUUGGGCGAUGCGUCGGUGGCGGCGCCGUUCACGUCCAAGCUGUCGAAUGUGUCUUCGAUCAUUGCGAUCAUCCGACAGGGACGCUGCACGCUGGUGGCGACGAUCCAGAUGUACAAGAUCCUGGCGCUCAAUUGCCUUAUCCAGGCGUACUCGCUGUCGGUGCUGUACCUGGACGGCAUCAAGUUUGGUGACUACCAAGUGACGAUCUCGGGCAUGCUGGCGUCGGUGUGCUUCUUGUGCAUCUCGCGCGGGCAGCCGAUCGAGAAGCUGUCGAAAGAACGACCGGUGGCCAACAUCCUAAACGCCUAUGUAUUCGGGUCGAUCCUCACGCAGACCGCCCUGCACAUUGCCACCAUGUACUACAUCCAGACGCUCUCGAUCGCCUACGAGUCGCUUGACGACGUGAUCGACCUGGAAGCCAAGUUCUCGCCCUCGCUCCUCAACACGGGCGUCUACCUGCUCGGGCUCUCGCAGACCAUCUCGACAUUUGCCGUCAACUACAUCGGCCGGCCCUGGCGCGAGUCGAUCCGCGAAAACAAGUACCUCUACUACGGUCUGGUCAGCGUGGGCGGUAUUGCGAUUGCGGGCGCCACCGAGUUUUCGCCCGAGCUCAACGAGUGGCUCCAGCUCGUCAAGAUGGAGUCGGGCUACCAGGUCAAGUUGGUGCUGGCCAUGGCGGUGGAUUUCCUGGGCAGCUAUGUGUUGGAGAGCUUCUGGGGCCUGUUUGCCGACGUCAAGCCUAAGGCGUUGGUGACCAAGGGCCAGGAGAGGAGGCUCGAGAGGAGGAAGAGGGAGGUGGUCGAGAAGAGGAUCGCCGACGAGGCCGCGGCGUCGGGGGAGAAGAAGGAUCUUUGA